AUGGGUACUGCUGGGGAUAUCAGAGCUCGUCUCCGGGCAAAGUUCUCACGGAGGAAUUCGGCUGCCCCAUCUCUAGCUUCCAACAAGAGCACCGGCGAUGCUCACAACUCCCAGGCAACUGAUGGGACGAGUCUCACACGGCAAUCCUCGGCCGUUGCAUCCGCUUCGGCUCCAAGGUCCAGAGCAAGCUCCCACCACCCGCCUCACACGCCAAUCUCGCCCUUGCCCUCGCGCUCGCCGACUCCACACGAGCCACACCAUCACCUUCAGACACAGCCACAGUCCACCACACUACAACCCCCCGGCAGCAGCCAUGGCGACCACUUGCUGCAGCCGAAAUUGAAGGCAAUUACGGCUGAGGGUUCCGCUGCUGGGGCUGCAGAGGGUGAAGCCGACAGUGAGGAAGGGCAGCUCCCGCCACAGUCGUCGUCCUCAAGCAAGUCCCAUCUAUUGGACCACCAACAAAAACAACGCCACGAGCCCCAAAUCAAUCACGACAGUCAUGGUGAUGAAGAAAAUAACUUUCAUGAUGCACCUCUCAGCAGCGACGAGGUUUUAGUAAGGGAAGAGAAUCCCAUAGUCACAGCUACUACGGGUACCAACAACGAUCAAAGACCCGCAAGCAGCGCCAGCGCCAGCGCCAGCGCCAGCAACAAGGUCAGAGACAACUCGACCGGGACUGGGGACGAUCAGGACGCUCAUAAGCCACACCCCGACCUCGACCUCGACCGUGACUCGCUGGCCCCAAUGCCGCCCGCCGCGUCUCAAGGACGCUUAGCUAGCGAACUGACUGCCAGCAACGAUCUACGCCCAGCCGCAACAACCACAACCGCAACCACAACCACUCCCCCUACCGCAGCUCCCACUACCCUCAACAACCUCCCAAGCAUCCACGAGGACCAAACCCCACCCGGAUUUGACGACCCAAAACAGAGACUUCAUCUAUCGCAGUCGGAUCACUCGCACCAGCCACUACCGCCAAAAUUUGGCGCAGCUCCCACCGUUACCCUUCAGGCGGUCUCUGCCGAGGACCUCAACGACGAUCAACACGAUCCCCUCAGCCAUGCCCUCGGCACCCCGACGCCUCUCGCAACCGCCAUCCUACCGAGUUCGCCCUUGUCCUCCCGCCCAGAGGCGCCUCCCCGACGACAAAGUCUUAUACCUAAUCGUCAAACCACUCUGAUUCGAAAUCUGCUCGAAGGACGUGUCGAAAACGAAGCUAGGCCAGCCAGCGCCGAUUCUUUGCUCCCCAACAUCGCAAACAUGGUCACCCGCAAGGUCUGGGUUAGGCGCCCCGGUGCUUCUGCCACACUCAUCACUGUCAACGAGGACGACCUGGUCGAUGACGUGCGCGACAUGAUUUUACGAAAGUACGCCAACUCGUUGGGCAGGCAUUUCGAUUCCCCCGAUCUCACACUACGGAUAUGCCCGCGAGAGCAGAGACAAGAUCGUAUGCUUGGCCCCGAGGAGCCCGUGGGCCGUACACUCGAUGCAUACUUCCCUGGUGGUCAGAAUGUCGAAGAGGCUCUGGUGAUUGAUAUCCCAGCCCGGCGCACACCGAGGCCAUCACCGCGCGCCCCAACUCAUGCUACAACAAUUUACUACAACGACGAAGGCCGGCCCUCCGAAGCUGGCGAGGGAUAUUUCCCUCCGGUUGCAAAUGCGGCUGCUCUGCCGUCACCAAAUCUACCAGUGCCGGUUGUAGCUCCUGUUACCGUCCCUGCAACACAUCCCGCGCAUCCUGCCCAUCCAGUUCAUCCAGCGCAUGCCCUCACUGCGCAUACUCAACACUCGAUCGCAAUUCUCGGUACAGGCCAAGUACCGCCAAUACCCUCGCCGGGAGGCACGAGGUCUCGUGCUUACAGGGAACGCCCAGAACGCCCUCGUCUUGGGAGAACCCAUACCUCCUCACCUACGAUACUGAACCAAGUCAAUGCACAAUCCAUGGCGGCCGCAGCUGCUGCUGCCGCACAUCCCACCCACUCAUUCCACCCACGCCUACCGCCUUCUCGGACGCAGUCGAACACUUCGGAGCAAUCCAACGCCCAACCGGCUGCUCCACCGCUUCCGACACCGCCCGCUCCGGAAGUACAGCCUGCGAGAGUUGCGACUCCCCCGCCCAGGAUUGCUUCUCCUAGGCCAGCAAGUUCUCGGCCUAAAAAGAAGAAAACGGUAGAUCAUCCAACUCUGCCCGCUGGCAUAUUGAAUGGCGGUGUGCCGCCUAUCAACGUGUUGAUCGUAGAGGACAACCCGAUCAACCUCAAGCUGCUUGAGGCUUUCGUCAAGCGUCUGAAGGUUAGGUGGAAAACGGCGGUCAAUGGCCGAGAUGCCGUCACCAUGUGGAGGACCGGAGGUUUCCAUCUUGUUCUGAUGGACAUUCAACUGCCCAUCAUGAGCGGAUUGGAAGCCACUCGGGAGAUCCGCAGAUUGGAGAGAGUCAACUCGAUUGGUGUCUUCUCUUCGUCGGCAGGUAGCGCACCUGAAGCCCCGAAUGGCGAGCCCGAGGAGAAGGACAAGUUGACCAAUAUGGAGCUCUUCAAAAGUCCGGUGAUUAUCGUGGCCCUUACUGCCAGCUCCCUCCAAAGCGACAGACACGAGGCCUUGGCGGCUGGCUGCAACGAUUUCCUUACGAAGCCCGUGAACUUCGUUUGGCUAGAGAGGAAGGUCAUGGAAUGGGGUUGCAUGCAGGCACUCAUUGAUUUUGAUGGCUGGAGGAGAUGGAAAGACUUUUCUCAGCAGAAUGACGAGGCUGAAGCCAAGAAAUCGGCCGCAUUGAAGACGAAAGCAAAGAAGAAUCGAUUGUCGAUGACUUCGGUGCCAGCAUAG